AUGAGUGAACACUACAGAGAAAGCUACUAUGGAUCCUCGUCCUCAGACCUGAGAUUGCUUCUUUUGGGGAAUAUCGGAUGUGGAAAGACGGCAUUAGCAGACACUAUCCUGGCCCAGCUUUCCCCCAUUUCUCCCGGUGCCUCCAGGAGCUGCCAGCUACGACAGGGCUUCAUUGAAGGCAGGAAUGUGACCCUGGUGGAGGCACCGAGAUGGUACUGGAGUGGUGGCAAGAUGGAGGACGGUGUCAAAAAGGAGACACAGCGAGCAAUGACUCUGGUACCACCAGGCCCACAUGCUAUUUUGCUGCUGGUGCCUGUUAACCAAUUCACAGAGGUGGAGACACGUGUGCCUGCAGAGUUGGAGGAAUUGUUUGGACAGGGGGUGCUGGACCACACCAUGGUCAUACUGACCUGUGGGGACUACUUGAUGGGAAAAACAGUGGAGGAGUACCUGCAGAAAGAGCACCCAGGCCUGAGGCAGGUAAUUGAGUGUUGCGGAGGAUGGUAUCAUGUCAUCAACAAUCGUCAGCGACAGGACAAGGACCAGGUCCGUGAGCUGCUGGAAAAGGUGGACAAUAUGGCGCGGAAAAACGGGUUAUACUACAUGAAAACAGUCCAGGAUAGAGAGCUGGAAAAACGGGUGAAGGAAAAAAAGGAGCAACUUAUGGAAAGUUUCUGGGCUCAAAAGGAAGAGAAGAAAAAGACCCACACAUCAUCUUAUACCCCAAACGCAGAAAGUCAAGAGGAAGAGUACUUCAAUGCCAUAUCAAGAGAGAGAAGGAGGAGACAAGAAGUAAAGGAGGAAAUGGUGGAAGGAGUUAAGGUGAGCCAGGUGUCCAAUGAGUAUGUCAGUGCCAUAUCAACAGAUUCAAGGAGGACAAGAGAAGAAAUGGAGGAAAUGGUGGAUGGAGUUAAGGUGAGCCAGGUCUCCAGUAGCCUUUAUUCAACUCCAGCUCUAGAGCGACAGCCAUCCUCCGAGCUCUGUGAUAACAGGGAGUUAAAAAGGACACCCAGUUUCAAACUGAAUCGAGUUCACUACAGAAUUAACAGCUUUGAAGAGCGAUCACCCGAGGCAUUGCCUACCACUACUCCUCAUUCGCCAGUCUUCUCCUCUUUCCCCCCCUCUUCACCAACUUUUGCUGCCUCUCCUUCCUUGAUCUCCUCAUCCAGCUCAACCCCUUCUUCCCCCUCAUUGUCCUCAUCCUCAUCUUCUCCGGAGCUUCGUCUGGUGUUGCUUGGAAGAUCUGGAUCAGGGAAGAGUGCAGCUGGCAAUGAAAUACUGGGGCAGGAAGCCUUUGAGUCAUGUCCAGACAGCCUCAUAGCAAUCACACAAUGGUGUGAGAAAAAGAAGGCAUUGGUUAAAGGAAGAAGGGUGGCAGUGGUGGAUACUCCAGACUGGUUCAAUUCAGAGCGCACUCCAGAUGAGGUGCGAGCUCAGAUCUCCUCCUGUGUGGCUCUGUCCAGUCCCGGCCCACAUGUCUUCCUCUUUUGUGUUCCCUUAGACCAGCCUGCAAAGACCGAGCUGCAGGCUCUUGCGGCACUAGAGGCUGUUUUUGGACCUGAAGCAGUCUGGAGACACACUUUGGUCCUCUUUACUUAUGCUGAUCGUCUCAGGGCAAGUGGGAAGGCCAAAAAUAAGAACAUUGAGGCAUACAUUGCUGGUCAGCGAGGAGAUUUGUUAAAGAUUGUGGAGAAAUGUGGGGACAGAUUUCAUGUUUUGGAGACAGAAAGAGGUGGGGGAGAGAGGAGCAAUGUUGCCGACCUGCUAGAAAAGGUGGAGCAGACAGUGAAGGAGGCCGGGGGGCAGUGUUAUUCUUGUCCUGCUUUUCAGGAGGCCGAGAACAGAGUGAGGCAGAAACAGCAAGAGAUGGCAAGAGAGAAACGAGGUGAAAACCUAGCAAGAGUAGAGGAUGUUGGCCCACUCAGCUCUGAAAGGCGAAAGCUUUAUCCUUACAUGCAGUCUGUUUCGGAGGUAGACGAGGAAGUGACGGAGGAUGAGAUUGAGAAAACAAGGGAUGAGGCCGAGAUGAGUGUAAGUACUACAAAUAUUGAGAGUCUUCCUCCAAUUACACGUUCGACCAUAUCCCCUUCACUACUUAGUUCCAUAAUGGAGAAGAUGAGCACGGGUGCAAAGAAUUUACCCAAGCUGUUGGCAGAUAGCUCUGUGUGGGUUGGAGAGGGAGCACAGAGGAUGAAAAAUAGUGAAAUGUGGGAAAAAGUUGGCACUAGUGCACAAAGCAUUCAAAAGAUGGUGGUUGAUAGUUCUGUGUGGGAGAAGGUAGGAGUUACUGCAGGAAAUCUCUCCAAAGCAGUAGGAAAUAAAGUUCCCAAGGUAGUGGUAGAUGGUUCUGCAUGGGUGGGAUCUGGAGCAAAAGCAGCGGCUGCAAGUCCAAUGUGGGAAAAAGUGGGUUCAGGGGCCAAAGUCAUGGCAGAGAGUUCCAUGCGUGUCGGAGCUGGAAUUGGAGCUGGGGCAAAGAAUUUGGCACAGAGUCCCGUGUGGGGAAAAGUGGGCUCUGGAGCCAAGGCAGGGGCCAAAAUGGUGGCUGAGAGUUCAGUGUGGGAGAAAAUUGGGAAUACAGCUAAACAGGUGCCCAAAGUAGUCAUUGGCGGGGCACUGCUGGGUCUGGUGCUCGGUGUGUUUUUGGGUGGUGUGAUUGGCGGAGCUGUUGGGGCAGCUGCUGGAUCUGCAGUAACGGAGGUGGGCAGGCGAAAACUCAGCAAGAGAAGCACAAGAGAAAAGACAGAAGACGCUGCAAGAAAUGUUGACAGAACAGUAAACAAGAACAUUGAUGCAGUGAGAAAACAGGGAGAGAAAUUUUUGAAAACUGAAUGAAGGACUGACAGAUGUUUGUAUAUA